AUGGCGACCGACGAACCCUCAUUCGACUCCUCAUUCAACUCAUACGACACAGCCCUCGCCAUCCUCCCCUACGAGUCCCAAUGGCCAACCCUUAACCGCAUCCGCUCCCUCUACGACGCCGCCUCCCACAAAUGGCCACCCCACGUCAACCUCAUUUACCCCUUCUGCCCCCCCUCCUCCCUCCCCGCCGCUUCUCACAUCAUUUCCUCAAUCCUCUCCACCCGGAAAACAACCCCUGACCCAUUUACGAUUGCACUCACUCAGCCAGGACACUUUCCCCGCCGCAACGAAAGUGUCUGUUUCCUCACUUCCCCCUACCAAGACCAGCGUGAACAGCUCAGAGACCUUGUUCAUGAUCUUGUCAGUGGAUUUAAGAAACGGGGGGUAGAGGGGAAGAAUGAUCGACCCUUUAAGAUGCAUUUGACCAUGGGGCAGGCUGUGGGCGAGGUAGGGGGGAAGGAGUGGGAGAAUUUGAUGGGAAAGUUGGGUCUGAUGUCGGGGUGUUAUUUCAGAGUGGAAGAACUGGUGAUUUUGAGGAGGGAAAAUGGGAAGAUGAGACUUUGGGGGACGGUGGGGGUGCAUGAUGGGAAGGUGACGGUUUUGGAAGAGACGAAGGGGUUUGAUCAGGGGUUUUUGGGAGAGACGGGGGAAGAGAAGGGGUAUAGAGAUGAGCUGAUGAGCGGGAGGACGGUGUACUGGGAUGAGGAGAUGCGGAUUUGGGGGGUUGCUCAGGAGGGGGACUAUGAUCGAGAUGACAGCGACGAAGGGCAAGGGAGAAAGACGUUGACGGUGGCGAGUUAUAACGUUCUCGCUGAGUUUGAGUACCCACAAAAAAAGGACCGGUAUCCCCUCCUUGUGAACAACAUUCUCGACGACAAGGCCGACGCGGACGCGCUGGUCUUGCAGGAGGUCACGGAUGGGUUCCUGUCGUUUCUGCUCAGUGACGAGAGAGUCUCGGAUCGGUAUCCGUAUUGCUCUCACGGACCGCCUGAUCAGCCGGGUAUGGGGCCGUUGCCAAAUUUUCUCAAUAUGGUUGUCUUGAGCAAGGUCGCCUUUGACUGGGAAUCUGUUUCUUUCCAGAGGAAGCACAAGGGUGCUUUGGUGGCUAGGUUUCGACAUGUCGGAAAGUGGCAGGGGGAUGAGUUCAAGCCGGUUGUGCUGGCGGUGGUUCAUCUCAGUCAUGGACUUACUGAUGGGGCGGUGGCAUCGAGGAAGGGGGAUAUCAAGAGGUUGAUUGGGUAUUUGGAGGAGAAUUAUGGGGGGUGUCCUUGGGUGCUGGCUGGGGAUUGGAAUAUUGCUACUUCGAAAGAGGCCAUUCAGGAGGCGCUGGAGAAGAAGAAUGUUUCAGACCUUACGGUUGAGCAGUGGAAAGGAUUGGACACUAUUUUCAAGGACGCCGGCUUGGUGGAUGCCUGGGAGGUUACUGCUGAGGACAAGGAUGGUGGUGCAACAUGGGAUCCGCCUGUCAAUGGUGUUGCGGUGACUUUGAGUGGUGGAAAUAUCUGGCCACAGCGAUAUGACCGGAUUCUUGUUCGCGGCGAGGAUUUUCUCGAUGUGAAGGAGUUCAACAUGUUUGGUCAGGAAAAGGGCCAUGUUGGAGAUGCUGUCGAGGAGUCCUUCGCCAGUGACCACUGGGGGAUCCGGGCUGUGCUCAACAUUGGAGGGUUUGGAGAUGACGAGCAAGAGGAAAUGGAACAGGAACAGGAGCCAGAAAACCCGCUUGUUGUGCCUGCUCAUCUUGAGAAGGCGCCAAAGGCACUCUCGGGGGCUGGCGGUAUCAAGGCUUGUCUCUCCGAGCUGAAUGUCACCCCCGGCGAGGAGGAAGCUGCCCAGAGAAGAGAGGCCUUUGAGCUGCUCAAAUCUCUCCUUCUCGACGCCACCACCAAGACCCCCGCUGCCGCCAGACUCCAAUCUUCUGUAGUCGUCGUUCCCGUGGGCUCAUACGCUCUCGGAGUAUGGACAACCUCAUCCGACAUCGACGUCUGCUGCAUCGGCCCCUUCAGCUCCAACACCUUCUUCUCCGUUGCCUCCUCAUGCCUCCGCAAAGCCGCCACCCAGGGUGUCCGCAUUCUCCGCCGAGUCAAAGCCAACACAGGCACCAUGCUCGAGCUCAAAGUCCAAGGCGUCAGAAUGGACCUCCAAUACUGCCCGGCCGCCUCCGUUGCUCAACAGUGGCCCAACGUCCUCCGGCUCCCAGCCAAAGAUCCCGUCUGGUCCCUCGCCCCGCAGACCCUCAACAAGCUCAAAGCCAUCCGCGACAUUGAUUACCUCCGCCGUUCCCUCCCUGAUCUUGUCUCUUUCCGCCUAGCCCACCGCUUCAUCAAAACCUGGGCUAGAUCCCGUGGUGUCUACUCCGCCCGCUUUGGGUACCUAUCGGGAAUCCAAGUUGCCAUCCUCCUCGUUCGCGUGCAGAAGCUUCUUGCCAAAUCCAAACCUUCCGUCGAGGAUUUGAUCACCUCUUUCUUCACCCAUUACUCCGCCUUUGACUUUGCCACCAAUCUAGUCUUCGACCCAAGCUUUCACACCUCCGUACCGCAAUACACACGCUCCUACCGCGAACCCCUCGCCAUCCUGGGGUACUUCCCUCCCGGCCUUAACACCGCCUCCGCCGCCACCCUCCCCUCCGUCCUGACCCUCCAAAGGGAAUUCUCCCUUGCCGCUUCCGCCCUUUCUUCCUCCCCAUCCUGGUCAUCCUUUCUCUCGGCUCCCGCAACAACGUUUUUAACACAGUUCAAAACCUAUAUCAAGCUCGAUCUCUCCUACUGGGGCUUGUCGCCCACAAAAGGAGCCUCUUUUCUCGGGUGGUUCGAGUCCCGCUGUGCGCUUUUACUGGUAGACAUAGGAAGGAAGUGUCCCUCCCUCCACGCGAGGAUCUGGCCAGCGAGGUUUGUCGAGGCGGCUGAUCUGACAGAGGAUGGCGGGUCGUACAGGGGGUGUUAUCUCAUCGGACUGGACAAGGCGUCGGAGGGCUUGGGGAAGAGCGAGCUGCUGAACGCGCUGGGGCAGUUGCGGGGUGUGCUGCCGAGGUUUGAGGGGCAGAUCAGGGGGGAUGAGAAGUAUUUUAAUCCGCAGAAUCGGUGGAUGUCUGCCUCUUUGGUUAACCAGACCUCGCUUCCGGAGUUGGUGUUGGAUGCGAGGGAGUGGGGGGAGGGGAACGCCGGGGAGGAGGAGACGGAAGAGGAGGAGGAUGGUGAGGAGGAAUUGGAAGAGGGGGGGGAUGACGGCGAGGAGGAUUAUGAGAUUGAGAAGAAGAGGAGGAAGAAGAAGGGAAAGAAGAAGGAGUAUGUUAUUGUGACGAGAGAGGGGAAGCUGAGGAGCGCGAUUGAUGUGAUGAACCGGUUGAGGUGGGAUCCGGGGAUGGAGUCGGGGGAUUUUGUGGUGGGGUAUGAGGAUCGGUUCUUGGGGGCGCAGGAGAAGGAACUCGAUGACUGGAAGACUGAGCAGACGGAUGAGGAGUUUAUUCCGCAGCAUCGGAUUCUGUAUUUCAGGAGGAAGAGUGAUGAUAAGGUUGUUUGGGAUAGGAAGAGGAGGAUUGAUGAGGUUUUUGGGGGUGGGGAGUGA